AUGUCCCCUGCCCGGAAGGACGAAUUAUGCGCCAAUGAGACUCCACCAGAUCUGAAAUUGGAGAGAACCUCGGUGAACUUCCGAGAGCCCACAACUCCAAUUGGAGGUUCGCGAAGGCAGAGUUGCAGAGUCAACUGGAAGUUCAAGAAGAAGCCGAACGAGUGCGUGGGGGAAGCUGAGAUGCCAACCCGCCGCUGGCUUGUUCCGCCGGAGCCCUGCAUCGCGCGAGGAACAAGGCGAUUUGCGGCGGACUUUUUCGCUUCGUCGAUUGGAAAGCGGAAACUGCCAGAGAACGAGGCAGCGCCGCAGGAGAAGGUGAAAGACGACUGGGUCAUCUCGCCGGAGUUCCGAAUCGAGCGAGGAGCGCGACGACUGACUACGGGUCUGCUGGGAGUGAAGACGAAAGGUGGUGGCGCCGACCCUCUCCCCUGCGGAUCACCGAUUGAUGAGGAAGCAAGGUUGGAGGCGGCGGCUAGCCGGGUUGCGUCGCCGGAACUAGAGAGGCAGGAAUCGUCGGCGAUGGUGGAUGGCGCGAAAACGACGAAUGAUUGGGUUGCCUCGCCGGGGAUGCAACAUGUGGAGAGGACACAAUGGACAUCGGCGGCCUCGUUGGUUGCGUCGUCCACCGAUGAGGUGAAGCCAUAA